AUGGAUGACUUGAACGGCCUGAGUUGGACCCCCGACUCGUCCAAUAAUGCCAACAAACCUCCCCCCAUGAGCUCAGGUCUAUUGUUCCCCAGUGUGCGGCGCAAUGAUUCCAUCCCCUCCGGUCGAUCUAGUACCCCCCUUUCCGGCUCUUCUGGUCCUUCCAACCCGCCCUCAAAGUCGGCAACUCCGGCCAACGACAGUUUUGCAAACUUGGUCUCAUUCGGUCCAUCCAAUUCCAGCAACAAGAACCUGUCCCUCAUCGAGCAGCAGAAGAAGUUACAGGAGGAGAGAGCCAGAAAGGAAGCGGAGAACAGGACACGGUAUGAGGCGCAGUAUGGUUCGCAGAACAGUCAGUUCUGGGAUAGCUUAGAGAAAGGAGGUUCCAAACAGCAUGCUUUCGCUGGUCCAGGACCGGCCGCACAAAGGGUGCAAUCUCCAGAUGAAGAUGACCUUCUCGCCGCAUUCAACGCCGAGGCCCCAGUGGAUGCGUCAAGUCACUUCCCGGUUCCCAAGCCCAGCCCAUCGCCUCGAACUAACGCACCUCCGUUCCAGUCUACGUCUAACGGUGCUGGUUCAAUGGGCCAAGGGGCCGAUGCAUUCCCUGACGAUGACGACCCAUUUGGCUUAGCUCAGUUGAAACCAAAAUCAACUCCGGCGCCCCAGCCAGUCCAGAAUGAUGAUGAUGACUUUCUUGGUCUGCUUUCAAAGCCUGUCUCCGAAUUCGCGCGCUCAGAACCACCGGCAAAUCCUCCUAGCGCAUCCCCUCGCGAAGAACGUGAACCAUCUCCUAAGCCACCUCCAAAGCCAUCAAAUGACGUCGACCGCGCGGUGGCGGAGCUUGUCGAUAUGGGAUUUCCUGCGGACAAAGCCGCCCAUGCGCUAAGCAGGACAGCUUCGGGAACGGACGUUCAAGCUGCUGUUGGCUGGCUCCUUACACAAGCGCAUCAAGAAUCUCGGCAGAAAUCCCAAGGCAGACAAACGGUUGAUGACCAUUAUGCGGAUCGCCAGGAGCGGGGCAGAGAACGCAGUGAAAGGCCAGGCCGAGAGGUUCCCCCGUGGAUGAGAGAGGAGAGAUCCAAUGCAUCGAGAAGUCGCAGUGACCAACGGAGUCCAGCCGGUAAAGAUCCGGCGCAGGUUGCUUCUCAGUUUGGCAACAACUUUUUGAAGACAGCAAACUCCUUAUGGAAGACCGGCAGUAAGAAGAUGCAACAGGUGGUUAACGAAUUUAAUACCGAGCAUGAUCCCAAUCAACCUCGAUGGCUGAGGGAUGCUCCUGACCACGAGGAGCCACGCCCGCAGCCACGCUCCAGAGACCACCAGCGUCCCACUCCUCAAGCAAAGCCCGAAGGGUUCACAGACGAGGCUCUUCUUCUCGAAACAGGCGCCCCCGCUCCUCCCCCUUCACGCCGGUCUCGCAACCCCUACCACCAGAAUGAUGAAAUGCGGGCUGGCGCCAGUAGUGAUGACUUCAGAAAACAACCCUCUCCAGCACCUGAAAGACGUAUGCAGCAGCCUGCUUUCAUGCAGCAGAAGGUGCAGACAAGAACCGAAACACGCGACCCUCGAUCUCGCGUGACCAAGACUGCAGUGGAAGAGCAGACAGCACAAGCGUAUGUUAGUCCCGCCAGAAGGAAGCGACCUACUCCUCAACCACCCGCUCCGGAACCAGCUGUUGAUUUGUUCGAUUCUCCCGCCCCACCACCGGUUGAUCGACCAAGGCCUUCACCAUCGCCAGCGAAACCCUUACCUUCACGAUCAUCUAAACCUGCUACACCCUUGCCAACGCGCCCCAAGGCACCCCCUAGAGCAGUGCCUCCAGCAUCCUCAGAAGCUCUCACUUCCACUCAUCGACACCGGGAGAAAGGAGCAGACGCUUACAAACGGGGAGAUUAUGCGGCUGCUCAUGAAUCAUUCACAGCUGCACUUGCCAUGCUUCCUGACAAGCACCCCAUCAAUAUCUUGAUCCUCACCAAUCGCGCCAUGACGGGGCUGAAGACUGGUGAGCCCAAAUCAGCAAUCAGUGAUGCAGACACAGCAUUGGAUAUAAUCGGACCUUCAAAGGGAGAGUCGGAAACGAUUGAUCUGGGCAACGGUGAAUCCGCCAAACCCAUGAGGGACUCUUUCGGUAAAGCCCUGAUGCGCAAGGCCGAAGCUCUGGAGCAACUGGAGCGCUGGGGAGAUGCCGCGAAGGUGUGGCGGCAAGCAGUUGAAGCAGGCCACGGUGGUAGCACAAGUAUUCAAGGCCGCAAUCGAUGCGAGAAGGCUGCUGGUAUCAGCAAACCCGCACCGAAGCCUUCAGCUCCAGCGAGGAAGCCAGCUGCUCCUGCACCCAAGAAACAAUCUGCUCUGGCUGAUCUUGGUGGUAGCAGUGCGCCUUCUGGCAACUCCGAGGCUGUCGGCCGACUGCGCGCAGCCAACCAAGCGGCCGAUCGUGCUGAUGAGGAAAGAGUUGCUCUCAUUGAAGCCGUGGAUGCACGACUGGCAGCUUGGAAGGGCGGCAAACAGGACAACCUGCGGGCGCUCCUGGGCAGUCUGGACAAUGUCCUAUGGCCCGAAGCAGGAUGGAAGAAGGUCAACAUGUCGGAACUGAUCAUGCCCAACAAGGUCAAGAUUCAGUAUAUGAAGGGCAUCGGCAAGGUGCAUCCUGACAAGAUCCCUAGUAAUGCCACCACCGAACAACGCAUGAUUGCAAGUUCAGUGUUCAGCACCCUCAACGAAGCAUGGGACAAGUUUAAGAAGGAAAACAACCUCUGA